AUGACAAGAACGGCGGACUGGACUCCUGCAGCGCAGCAGCAGCAGCAGCAGCAGCAGCAGUACCAGCAGCAGGAGCUGCUGCCCGUAAGAUGUCACUUCAGCAGCAGCAGCAGCAGCAGCGCGUGCAGGGAGCCCACACUAGAGCCGUCGCAGCAGCAGCAGCAGUUGCAGCAGCAGCAGCAGCAGCCAAGCAGCAGCGGCUCAGCAGCAGCAGCAGAAGCAGCCGCAAAAGCAGCGGCAAACGAUAGCAGGGCUGGCAUGCAGCCGUUUGCUGCAGCAGCAACAGCGAACGCGACAGAGCAGCAGCAGCAGCAGCAGAGGCUGCAGCAGCAGCAGCAACACACAGGCCAAAAGCAGCAGCAGCAGCAGCAGCAGCAGCAACAGGAGAAACAUCAGCAGCAGCAAUAG